AUGUCACACACCACGUGUUGUUACAGAUCGCUAACACACAUGAGGUGCGUUUGUGCUGCAACACAUGUGUUUGUGAGGACUGCUGGAUUUCCAACCCUUGUAGUGGUCUCAACUGUGGGAACGCACACCGAUGAAGAACUCUACCAUUUGCUUCAACACUUGGACAAACUGGACAUGAGUUUGUUCAACAACUCCACAAUUCAGCAGUUCCUGCCACAGUUGCCUGCCAAAGGCACCCUUCAUGAUGAGCUCUACUUGCAGGCGAAGCUGAAGGAGUUGCUUAGGGAUCUGACGUUUCUGGACACCUAUGAAAACUCAGUGAUUUUUAUGUAG